CUCCAUAACUUUCCCCCUCUUUUAUCCUUCCAAGCAACCCACUAGGCAUAAGCUGUCUCUAAGUUAAAGUUAUAACUACAGCAAGAGCAACAAAGGUUUUAGUAGGGAUUUUUAAUAAAUGGGCAAUUGCUUGUUUGGAGGUUUGGGAGAUGCAGAUGGGGUAGUCCAAGUGACAACAUCAAAUGGUGGGAUAAUGGAGUUUUAUGUGCCAAUCACAGUAGUCUCCAUCACCAAGGAAUUUCCAGGCCAUGGAAUAUUCAGAAGCCAUGACCUAUUUUGGAAACCGCUCUCUAACCAUGAUGAUCUUCUGGCAGGACAAAGUUACUAUCUUCUCCCCCUCAACAGCCAAAGUGGUCGUCACUUGGGCAGCGCCCAGAUUGUGAGGGAAGGACAUGUUAGGUCAAGCAGCAUACCAACUUGUUCACUUGCUGCGCCCUACAGAAUGUCGCUUGAUUACCAAGGAAUGAUGAAGAGGUCUUACACUGAGGCGUUUUCGAAGUACAACAACGUCAGUUUUUGGAAGGUGAAGCUGGUGAUCAGUCCAGAGCAGCUGUUGGAGAUUUUGGCUCAAGAGGGUCGGACUCAGGAGUUGAUUGAGAGUGUGAGGACUGUGGCUAAAUGUGGGAGUGGUGGUUCGGUUUCGGGUUUGGGAUUUUCCGAUCAGUGGAGCCUCUCGAGUAGUAGUAGAAAUGCUUCAUCUAAGAAAGAUGGAAUAUUGCUAAACAUUUAGUUGGAACCAUAGCAAUAGUAUUGUUCUUAUAUAUAACUCCAGUUUGUGUUAUACAGUCUUAUGUUUUUCUCUUGUAUCAUGAUGUUAAAUUGUUAAUGAAGAUCUUUAGAUUUUGAAUUA